AUGGCGGGGAAAUCACAAAAUGAAGUGGGAAAGAUGGUAGAUUUAAAAGUGUACUGCAGUGUAUUUUAUUAUCUUCGAGAAGGAUAUUAUGGCACUGCUCAGAGAAUAUGCGAGCAAGAAUUGAGUAUAAAAGAUAAUUCGCAAGAGUUGAUAUUAUUUCGAUCAAUUUCUCUUCUUAAACUUGGUAAUCACGUGGAAGUAACACGUUCGCUUCAUUUUUUACGUCAAGAUUCUGUAAUUGGCUUUGCUGCUUCCGUAGAUAAUUAUGUAGAAGUGAUGAUGAUUCAUUUAGAUCAAGAAGAGAUUAAUGCAUUAGAUCAAAUAAUUAAUCAAGCGUGGAGUAGUGCUAGUGAAAAAGCAUGUUAUCAUGCAGCGGUCACUUAUAUGUUGCUCGGAAACAACGCAAAAGCAUGUGAUCUAGUUGAGAAUCAUUAUUUGAAUGCAGUUGCAACACUGAAUGAUUUUCAGUUUGUUGUUCUUCAAGGAUUUCUUGAACUUUAUCGUCAGGAAAAUAUAAACAAGGCGCAGAAAUUAUUCAAAAAAGGCGUUUCAGAAGGAUAUCCAUGUGCGUUUACUGGAUUAGCCUGUGUACUAGAAAAGCGCAAAAACUUUACGGAUUUACGAGAAGUUCUCCACAAUUUUAUGAUAAAAAAUCCAACGUACCUUCCGGUUUACAUUGAAUCCUGCAAAGCUCUUCUCAUCGAUCGAAACUGGGAACUUUGUAUGGAAGAAGUUCAACGUACUUUACUUGUUCAGAGUGAUUGUUUGCAAAUUGUGUGUUUGCAAGUAAUUUACGAAGUGAUAGUGAAAGGUGACAUAAAAAUGGUUGAAAAUGUUUUGCAAGAAUUGACCACCGCAAUAACAAACAAUGAACCUAAAUCUCAUCAAAUACAUUUUAAAAUUGCACAACUUCUUAUUCGAAUUGCUCCAUUAGAUCAUCCAGUAGCUGUAUUUGGCAAGAAUCUGUUGGAUGGAGCAAUUUCAAUUGAACAAAAUCCAGAAUAUUUGGGUGAAAAGGUUCAAAUGCUUAUUCGAGCUGAAGACUUCAAAACUGCUGAAGCAAUUACUUUUGAUGCAUUAAAAAAUAAUGAUACGAUACCUGAUGCGCAAUUGUUAAUUAGUGUUACACAAUGUUUUAUCGCUAACAAUCGUUUGGAAGAUGCAAUAGCUCAAAUGCAGUUUGUGGAAGCAGCACAUCCAGAAAUAACUAAUGCUAGUCUUUACAUGUAUUUAAUGGCUGUAUUGGAUAGCAAACAACAAAAAUCUUUUCAAGAAUUUUUCACAAAAGUGAAAAAAGCAAUAGACAUGCAUUUCUCAGCUUUACAGAGCACUAUAUUUAGUUUUGACUACUUGACUUUGUUAAAUGUCAACUUUUUGACUGAAGUCGUAUUACAACUCUAUGAAUACGCUCCAUUCACGCCGUCAAAUUCUACAAGUGACGUUUUGAAUGAAAUUGACAGAAUCCUUACAUUGGUGCAUGAUUGUUGCCCAGCAUUAUUAUUCACAACAUAUCUCUUGGCUAAAGCAAAAUAUCUCGCGAUGAAUUUCGGAGCUGCAGAAAAAUUGUUAAAAAAUUGCACCGAUUCAGAAAAUGCUCCUUCAGAAGCUUACUUACUUCUAGCACAAGUUCAUAUUCAAAAAAACCAUUACGAUGAAGCAAGCAGAUGUUUAGAUACUGGCCUUAGCUAUAAUUUCAAAGUUCGAGAGCAUCCUUUGUAUCAUUUGAUUAGAGCAAAAUUACAAAAAAAAUCGAAUCAAAUUGAUGCAUCGGUACAGACACUACAAAAAGCAAUUAAACUACCAUCUUUUAAAGCUUAUAACCGCUCAAAGAGACGUGAAAACCUAGAACUUAUUGAUGCAGAUCGAAUUGCUAUUUAUAUAGAAUUAAUGGAUUCUUACCAACAACUUGGACAACUUGCAGAAGCUGAGGAAGUAUUAGGUGGUGCCCGAAAGGAGUGGGCUGGUAAAAUGGAACAAGAAGAAUUGCUAUUAAUGGAAGCAAAUCUGAGAUUACAACGCAGUGAUGUUGACGGUGCUUUAUCCGUUCUUGCAUCUAUUUCACCUUCACAAGCUAAGUACCAAACAGCUCGGAUUAAAAUGGCUGAAAUUUAUUUGCAUCAGAAAAAGGAUAAACAGAAAUUUGCUGUUUGCUUUAGGGAACUCGCGCAGAAUAAUCCUUCACCGAUGGCUUACAUAUUACUUGGGGAUGCCUACAUGAGCAUACAAGAACCAGCGCGAGCAAUUGAAGUUUUUGAAACAGCACUGAAGAAGAAUCCAAAAGAUGAUGCAUUAGCUGAAAAAAUAGGCCAAGCAUACGUUCAGUGUCAUCUUUAUACUAAAGCAGUUAAUUACUAUGAAGCAGCAUUGAAAAGCGGACGAAGACCAUUAAUGAGAAUGCGCCUGGCGGAACUAUUAUUUGAGCUAGGAAACUAUGAAAAAUGCGAAAAAGUCUUACGUCAAGAACUUGACGUGAAUGCUGACACAAUCGAUGUAGCUCGAAUGAAGGAUAACGUAUCGUAUUGGACUAUUUUAUCAAAGUUACAUUUUGAAAAAGGCAACUGGCAAGAAGCAACAGCUGAUUUGGUACAUGCCCGAGAAAUUCAGAUGUCUAUAAUUUCAAAACCAUCGAGUGAAAUUGCAAAUCUUGAUGAAGAAAAAAAGCUUGCGGCAAGCUUAUGUUGUCAGCUAGCAGAACUGUACUGGAAUCGAAGGGACGCAGAUAAAGCAAUUGAUAUGUAUAACGAAGCGAUCUUCUUAAAUAAUACUGAUAUAAAAAAAGAAUACAAAAUUCAGACAAUGACAACACUUGCGAAUAUACAUCUUUCGCUGGGUAAUUUGGAUGCAUGCAAUGUGCACUGCCAGUUGAUUCUCAACAUUGACCAAAAUAAUGCUGAUGCUACCAUGAUGAUGGCAGAUUCAUGGUAUCAGUCCAACGAAACAGAAAAAGCAACGAUUCAUUUCACUAAAUUUCUGGACAAAAAUCCAAAUCAAUAUCACGCACUUGCAAGAUGUGUAGAAUUAAGUUGGCGUGGAGGUAAUAUACAACAAGCGGAAAAAUAUUUAAAAAAUGCUCUUGAAAAUAAGCCACGAGCCGUUCUUGACGCUGGUUUUAACUACUGCAAAGGUCUUGAUGAAUGGUAUACGGGCCGACCAAAUGCUGCACUACACUUGUUUAGUCAAGCAAGACGUGACCUAGAAUGGGGUGAACGUGCUAUUUAUAAUAUGAUUGAGAUAUGCUUGAGUCUUAUUAAUAAGAUUACUGUAUGUGAUAUGUAUGAAUAUAACCAGCAGUCAAAUGCGUUAGAAUUACAGUAUAAACCAGGACUGGAUUACAGAUAUCAGCUAAUAGAAAAUUUUAUUUUGUUAGCAAGCAGCAGUCAAGCGGAUGUGCAAAAAGCACUAACAAAUUUUCUCGACAUGAUAGAAAAUGAAAAUACGGCAAUGUUGAGCGUUGGAGCGUUGCUUGGUGCAGCUCAGGCUUAUAUAAUUUUUAAGCAAGUACCUAAAGCAAAAGCUCAACUCAAACGAGUCCUUAAUUAUACAUGGACUUUGCAAGAUGCAGACUACUUGGAGAAAUGUUGGUUGCUACUAGCUGGUAUUUAUAUCACUCAAGGCAAAAGUGAUCAAGCAAUUGCAAUAUUACGAACUGUUUUAAGAUACAAUAUGAGUUCGGUAAAAGCUUACGAAUACAUGGGAUUCUUGUAUGAAAGGGAUCAAAAAUGGUUCGAAGCAGCGAACAACUAUGAAGAAUCUUGGAGAAUAGGUAAACAAAGCAAUCCAUCCAUCGGUAAGCGACUAACUCAUGUAAAUUCAGGCUAUAAAUUGGCUCAUAGCUAUCUUAAAUGCCGCAAACUCUUUGACUGCAUCGAAGUGUGCCACCAAGUGCUGCAAUUAUAUCCGGAUUGCCCACGUAUCAAGCGUGAAAUAUUGGACGAAGCGAGAGCUACUCUUCGCACAUAA